UUCCAGAAAAUACGAGUGACGUCGAGUGAUUCUACGACCGCAUAUAAAGUGCUUCAUCCGCAUCGUGCGCCAUUUUAUAACGUAAAAGAGGCCGACAAUCGCGCACCUUUGCUGAGUGAUCUACUAUUUAAGUCUACAGAAAUACAAGCUAAGUCUAAAAGAUGGCUGCCAAAGCACCCGCAGUAGGUAUUGAUCUGGGUACCACAUACUCGUGCGUGGGAGUAUUCCAGCACGGUAAGGUGGAAAUCAUCGCCAACGACCAGGGCAACAGGACUACGCCCUCUUAUGUAGCGUUCACAGACACCGAGCGUCUCAUCGGCGAUGCCGCUAAGAACCAAGUGGCGAUGAACCCUAACAACACUAUUUUCGAUGCCAAACGACUCAUUGGCCGCAAGUUCGAGGACCUUACGGUGCAAGCUGACAUGAAACACUGGCCAUUCGAAGUGAUCAGUGAUGGAGGCAAACCAAUGAUCAAGGUACAAUACAAAGGAGAAGACAAGACUUUCUUCCCUGAGGAAGUGAGCUCGAUGGUGCUCACAAAGAUGAAGGAAACAGCCGAGGCUUACCUCGGCAAAACGGUGCAAAAUGCAGUUAUAACGGUUCCAGCGUACUUCAACGACUCACAGCGACAGGCCACGAAAGAUGCGGGUACCAUCUCUGGCCUGAACGUUCUCCGUAUCAUCAACGAACCGACCGCUGCUGCGAUUGCCUACGGUCUUGACAAGAAGGGAGGUGGAGAACGAAACGUCCUUAUCUUCGAUCUCGGCGGAGGCACCUUCGACGUGUCCAUCCUCACCAUCGAGGACGGUAUCUUCGAAGUGAAGUCCACCGCCGGCGACACGCACUUGGGAGGCGAAGACUUCGACAACCGUAUGGUCAACCACUUCGUACAGGAGUUCAAGAGGAAGUACAAGAAAGACCUCACCACCAACAAGAGGGCGCUCCGCAGACUGAGGACGGCCUGCGAGAGAGCGAAGAGGACUCUGUCCUCCUCGACUCAGGCCAGCAUCGAAAUCGAUUCCCUGUUUGAGGGCAUCGACUUCUACACUUCCAUCACCAGGGCUCGUUUCGAAGAACUGAACGCUGAUCUGUUCAGGUCUACCAUGGAGCCCGUAGAGAAGUCUCUCCGCGACGCCAAAAUGGACAAGUCCCAAAUCCACGACAUCGUGUUGGUGGGCGGGUCUACUCGCAUUCCCAAGGUGCAGAAGCUCCUGCAAGACUUUUUCAACGGCAAGGAGCUGAACAAGUCCAUCAACCCCGACGAGGCCGUAGCCUACGGAGCGGCGGUCCAGGCCGCCAUCCUGCACGGUGAUAAGUCGGAGGAGGUCCAGGAUCUGCUGCUGCUGGACGUGACGCCGCUGUCGCUCGGUAUCGAGACGGCCGGCGGAGUGAUGACCACGCUCAUCAAGAGGAACACCACCAUCCCCACCAAGCAGACGCAGACCUUCACCACCUACUCCGACAACCAGCCCGGCGUGCUCAUCCAAGUGUUCGAGGGCGAGCGUGCCAUGACCAAGGACAACAACCUCCUCGGCAAGUUCGAGCUGACCGGCAUCCCACCCGCGCCCCGCGGCGUGCCGCAGAUCGAGGUCACCUUCGACAUUGACGCCAACGGCAUCCUGAACGUGUCCGCCGUGGAGAAGUCCACCAACAAGGAGAACAAGAUCACCAUCACCAACGACAAGGGCCGCCUGUCCAAGGAGGAGAUCGAGCGGAUGGUGAACGACGCCGAGAAGUACAGGAACGAGGACGAGAAGCAGAAGGAGACCAUCCAGGCCAAGAACUCGCUGGAGUCGUACUGCUUCAACAUGAAGUCCACCAUGGAGGACGAGAAGCUCAAGGAGAAGAUCUCGGACGCCGACAAGCAGACCAUCCUCGACAAGUGCAACGACACCAUCAAGUGGCUGGACUCCAACCAGCUGGCCGACAAGGAGGAGUACGAGCACAAGCAGAAGGAGCUGGAGGGCAUCUGCAACCCCAUCAUCACCAAGAUGUACCAGGGAGCCGGUGGUGUGCCCGGCGGUAUGCCCGGCGGCAUGCCCGGCGGCAUGCCCGGCUUCCCCGGAGGAGCGCCCGGAGCCGGAGGCGCAGCCCCCGGUGGCGGUGCCGGACCCACCAUCGAAGAGGUCGACUAAACACAUUCCACAUACAGGUCUAGCGAUGCGGUGUUGAGACGCCUCUAUGCUUGAAUGAGAAAUAAAGAAGUGAGAGAUA